AUGUCUACUCGAGGGAGCCUAACUAGUGGAAUUUUGAGGAGUCAAGAAGAACAUGCUAAUUUCACCAAGCAGUGUAACAACACCAGCUGCUUGUGCUGGUUCUGGGAAGACCACUACAAGUUCUCCGGCAGUCUCCUCACAAACGGCCUACCGAAUGGGGAUGAACUAAACGGCGGUCAAAACGUGAUCAACUACGUUGACGUAGAUCCCAGCUUCAAGGGCCACUGCUGUAUCUCACUCUUAUAA